GGUCUCAAUCUUCCCCUUCACAAAAAUAUCAGCAGAGCACUGCCAUUUGCUUACCCUGUAAUUGUGGGAUCUAUACAUGUAAGCAUUUCUUCACUCAGGCAACUCUGUAUAAAAGCAUCAAAUGAAAUCCUAAACUAAAAUUAAAAAAAAAAAUGUAUUUAAGGACUGUACAUAUUUUCUUCUCUUUCUUUAUCAGGAGGACUUAAUGAGAAGAAUCAGGAGAAACAGCCAGGCUCUCCUCCAGGAUCUCUUUUACAGGGGGAUCCACGGAGGAGACAGAGAUACUCCUAUUCCAGCUCAGCCUGGUAGAGAUGCUAAAAUGAUCCACUCAAUCGCAAGCCUGAUCAGAGCGAAGAGCAAACUCCUCGUCCUGGAGAAUCCUGACACUGUGGAGAUCUACAAGCUGGAUGAUGCAACAGCCCGUCCUAGCAGAAGUGGUAAAGAUGAUGUUUACCUCCCAGCCAUCACAACGAAGCCGUCAAGUCUAAAGUCAAUGGGAGGGUCUCUGAGUCAGUCCUGCCCUUACCUGUACGACAAAAGAAGAGGAUCUUUCUCCUCAGUUGCCUCUCAGAGAACUGGAGGUCACCCUAAAAAACAGAGUAACCUAAAGGCACAAAAAGAGGCAAAGAAAUCCAAUGUCACCGUGACAAUGACCUACCUAGGACAAGGCCGUCGGGGGUCAGGGUUGGGGUCAGGUCAGGACGAGCUGAAAGUACUCCAGCAAGUCAACGGAGGGGAGAAUAUCUGUGUCUUCAAAGGCGUGGUGACUCCAGGAGAGCAGUUUCAGUUUGUCUCUCAGAGACACAGAGGUUUCCCCUUCAGUGCCACCUUGUACGUUAACAGCAUCAUGGUGGCCAGAAUCAGUUCGUGCUGCGAGUACCGCUACGCUCCCGGCUUCCAGCAGGGCAGGAAGAGCUGCUUCAGAUUGGCUUGGCUGGCUGGUGGCAUACCCUGUUACAGAUGCACAAGUCUCCGAAACAAAUACAGCUCCAGCCAGCAGCUGAACAACGGCACAAAAGACAACUUAAUUCUCCCUCUAGAGCAGAGCCCUGGCAAUGGCACCAUCGAGUCGUGUCCAUCAUCCCCUCUGUUUAUCCCAGCCAAACCCGAGAGGAAAUCAGGGAGGAGAACAAGAAAACAUAUCAAGCAAGGCAGCAGAGGAUCUACAGACAGCGAAGACCCUGCUGUAGCUGGGAUUAAAGAGACUUCCAAGAAGAAACAACGCAAGGGUCAAACUAAUCAGAAAGAGAGCAAAGGAAAAACAGCUGGAAAUAAGAGGGAAGAGGGACAAGACAGCAAGGGCUUGGAGGGCUCGCACAGGUCAACAGUGACUGAAAAAUGUGAAGACCAAGCAUCGUCUGACAGACGAGAACAGAAGCAGCAGAAACCAACCAGCAAUGUCACAGAGCCGCAGAAAGAGCAGCCGCGAUCAAACAUGACAAGGAAAGUUCUUGAUUCACUGCAGGAUGAGGAAGCACUGACUAAGCAGAACAGAGAGAAACAGAAGGAGCUGGGAUCAAAUGGGAAAAGCAGAGAUGGGGAAAGACUGAAGGACUUCUAUGAAGAAUGUGUGGAAAUGAGCACGGCGUUGGAGCAGGACCUAAACAAACACAACUGGUUCAAGGCAAACAUCCUGGAGAGAUGCCGGCUCCAGAAGAGGCUGUCAUCGUGCCCCAAAUCUCCAGGCUCGGAUGUGGAGCCCAGUGCAGAAAGUGAUACAGUUCCGCAGCCUGAUGGAGAGCCAGAGGAAGAAGUGGACACUGCCAGCCACAGUACUGGCAAAGAAGAGCCUGUUAAAGAACAAGACCUGCAGGCGCAGCUCCACGCCAUGAUGACGGUGCUGAGCACAUCCGAUGAGGUGGAGCAGCUGGUUCUGAGGAACACGGACCUGACAGACGACCUUCUGCUGAGCCUGGCGGAGGCCUUGAAGAGCAGCCUGUCCAAGGUCACACUGCUCAACCUCAACCUCAACCUCAUCGGCCCAUAUGGAGCCCACAUCCUGCUGGACGUUCUGAGAGUGAAGCCUCAGAUCAGAGGCUUACACUUGUUUGGAAACAAACUGCGUGACCAUGGACUGCUGACCCUGUUGAAUGGAAUAGCUGAGCUGCAGGAGCACACAGCGAGAGCUGCUGCUGCCAUCCAACAGGCCAUGCUUUUCCCAUCAGAGCAGAAUAUGCUUCUGCAGCUCCCCACUGGGUGGAGCUCUUUCAGUGUUUUUGCGCUUUUGGAACUAGAUAUUGGGGGAAAUGGCUUGAGCAGCGAAGGGGUAAAGGUGUUAGCAUCAUACAUGAGGCACCACUCUUAUCUUCAGUACUUAGGGCUGGCGCAGAAUAGCGGCGCCGAUCUGGCGGCGUGGAAGGAACUUUUCGACAGCCUCAAAGGAAACAGCUCGCUGACUCAGAUCAACCUAGACGAGAACAACUUGGGAGACCCUGGGGUCAGGCUGCUGGCUGACAUGCUGAAAGAGAACGUGAGUCUGCGGCAGGUGGAUCUGGACAGGAAUGGCAUCAGCGACGUGGGAGGAAACGACAUCAUGGGCGCGUUGCUUUGCAGGACGCAGGUACCGUUGAUGCACCUUAGCCUUCAUGAGAACAACAUCAGUUCAGGACUUAUGAGUAGGAUACAUCAAGAGGUCAAAUAUAAAUGAAUCCUGCAGGAGUGGAAGAAUACAAAGAAUGAGAAUCUAUGUAACACAAACAAAGCACUGACUUUGAGAAUUCAUAAUAUUCCUUGUUUACAUUUUGAGGUCAGAGAGAUUUUUUUUUUUUACCAUCAAACACACACACACACACACACACACACACACACACACACACACACACACACACAAAUAUCUCUUCCUUCCUGUAAGUGGGUGGCCCUGCUAACAAAUGCUGCAUCUUAGUUUAGCCCAGGCAGGUAGUGUAGGAGGUAUGUUUGCUUUAGGACUGCACUGUGGUCUGGAUGGAUUUUCAAAGAGAUCUCAAUGAACUGAACCUUUCUUCUUUGUGGUGAGGUUUCAUCUUAACCUUGAGGUUUUCUUCUUCCCACCAGCAUUACCACUCCUGACUCCACACCUCCUACUUUGCUAAAACUGAUUCCAGUGUCAUUUUAUUGAAUAAUUUGCUGCCUCCUGACUAAAAAGAAACCAAAGUGAUUCAUUCCACCCACAGUAUUUACAGGUCAUGGAUGACUUACCCACAACUUUCCCCCCUCCCAGAACAUUUUAGUAGCCACCAUGAGACCCCCUUCCUCCACUUUUACA